AUGCCACUGGGCAUGGCCAUGGCCAUGGAGGAGGGAGAGGGAGAGGAGGGAGGAGAGGGAGAGGGGGGAGAGGAGGCAGAGGAGGAGGGAGAGGAAGGGGAAGAGAAGGCGGCGGAGGCUGCUCGUCUCCGCAGGGGGAUUGAGCUCGACAGGUUGCAAAUCCUCUGGAAAGAGGAAAGGAUUUCGAUCCUUGAGGAGGGCGUCGAUACGUCCGGCGCCCAGCAGGGAGUCGAACAGUUGACGCUUUCUGGUGACCCUGCACCUGAGUCUGUCAGCGCUCUUCCUGACUCCUCUCCUGUCUAG